AUGGACGCCGCCGGGGCCCUCCAGGCCUACAAGCUCGCCGCCAAUGCCAUUAAAAAAGGCCAGAUCCCAGUCCCUGCGGGGGAGAUGGAGACUCCAACCGCCGUCGUGGAGGAGGUUCGAGCCACCGGCUAUGACAGGGCCAUGGCCUACAGUUUUCACGAGGACGACCGGCGACGUCUUCUCGAGGUCACGAAGCUGCCCUCGCACCUUACUCGCCUGCACUACCCGGGCCACGAUCAGGCCGCAGUUCUCUUCAUGAAGAGCAAAUUCGGAUGAGCUGGCUGCGCGCACCCGCAGAUGAUUAGGACGAGAAGCUUGCCCUUCGACAUUACCUUUCUGCGGUUCUACGCGAGGGCCCCCCACAGCUGCCACUGCCCAGUACAUGGGAACAUGAAUUCGGAUCGCGUCCUGGUCAUGCGGUUGGUGAACGAGGGGGGCGAGGACGAGGGGGAGGCUCUCGCGCAGCAGCAGCAGGGGGUAGGAAAGAGGCUUCUGGGCUGGGCGGCUGUGCACAAUGAGAGCGGGCAUGAUGUUCGUUCCCCCGAGAUCGCUUCCGUUCCUGAUGCAGUGUUCGCCAUCCAUGUGACAAGGAUCGACGACGAGCCGAUUACGGAGAAGAACAUACGCCGCACGCAGACGCUCUGGUACCUGCUUCGAGAGGCCGGCCCCUCGAUGUGACUGCCCAGAGCCCCAACUCACCAUUUGGUUAGAUGCGACGGGGUGCCCUCCUCUUACGAGAACAAAAUCUGGCGUCUCGGCGGACCCACAUCUGAGAUCCGUGACAUCGUCCUACUGGUCGCGGUACCCACGCCGACUCGGACCGGUUUGAGCACCACAGCCUGCUUGAUCCUGUCCGGGCGCUUUGCUCUUUUUUUAUCGCGAGACCUGGUCUGCGGGCGACUGGCCGCGGCGAGGAUAAACUCCAGGGACAUCCUCUUCUGGUUCAGGUCGCAUACUGCCGCAGAGGUCAGAUGGGGAGGCGCCAAACACGACCCCUCUGACGAGGACGACGGGAGGAGGAUGCACCCUAGGUCAUCUUUCAAGGCUUUCCUAGAGGUCGUGAAGACGAGGAGCCUGCCCUGGAGCGACUACGAGAUGGAUGCUAUCCACUCGUUGCAGCUCAUCCUCAGAGGGAGCUUUAAUGAUGUCAAGAAGAGCGAGGAUUUGGAUUCUCGGGUGCGCAGCCUCAGGGUGCAAGGGAUGGAGGAGCUGCAAGCCGUGACUAAUGAAAUGGUGCGCUUGAUCGAGACGGCCACUGUGCCAAUCUUGGCGGUGGACGUUGAUGGCGUCAUAAACGGUUGGAACCUGAAAAUUGCAGAAUUGACUGGCCUGUCCGUAGAUGAGGCCAUAGGGAAGCAUUUGCUCGCGCUUGUGGAGGACUCUUCCGUGGCACAAGUAAGGAGGAUGCUUCUUUUGGCUUUGCAAGGAACGGAAGAACAAAAUGUCGAAUUUCAAAUGAAAACUUGCGGUGACCGGGGAGAUGAUGGUCCGGUUGUCUUGGUUGUGAACGCUUGUGCUAGUCGCGACCUCAAUGAAAAAGUCGUCGGGGUGUGCUUCGUGGCUCAAGACGUGACCUUCCAUAAGUCGAUUAUGGACAAGUUCACAAGGAUCGAAGGGGAUUACAAAUCCAUAGUGCUGAGCCCAAACCCGUUGAUCCCUCCCAUAUUUGGCGCAGACGAGUUUGGUUGGUGCUCCGAGUGGAAUCCUGCCAUGGCUAAGCUGUCAGGAUGGCGGAGGGAGGAGGUGAUGGAUAAGAUGCUGUUGGGGGAGGUUUUUGGGACGAAUUUGGCCUGUUGCCGUGUCAAGAACCAAGAUGAAUUCGUGAACCUCAGUGUUGUAAUCAAUAAUGCCAUGACAGGCCAUGACAUUGACAAAGCUCGGUUCAGUUUUAUUAGAAGAAAUGGGAAGCCAGUAGAAUGUCUGCUCUCAGUUAGCAAGAAAGUGGAUCGAGAAGGAGCAGUGACCGGGGUCUUUUGUUUUCUCCACAUCCCCAGCUAUGAACUGCAGCAGAUUCUCCAUGUGCAGCAGCUGUCGGAGCAAUCAACAGCAAAGAGAUUGAAGGCCUUGUCUUAUAUCAGGCAUGCCAUUCGGAAUCCUCUUUCAGGUGUUAUGUACUCUAGAAAACUGAUGGAGGGAACCAACUUGUGUGACGAGCAAAAACGCCUCCUGAACACCGCGGAUAAGUGUCACCUUCAGCUUAAUCGGAUUCUUGACGACUUGGAUCUUGAUAACAUCACGGACAGUUCCUUGGAGCUGGAGAUGACAGAGUUUGUUCUUCAAGAUGUGAUGGUUACCGCCAUAAGCCAAGUCAUGAUAGCGAGCGCAGGGAAAGGAAUUAGAAUAAUUCACGAGGCAUCUGAUGGAUUCAUGAACGAAGGUGUCUAUGGGGACAGCGUGAGGCUUCAACAGAUUGUUGCCGAUUUCUUGGUGGUUUCUGUUCAAUUCUCACCCAGCGGGGGUCAAGUGGAAAUUGCUCCUAAUUUGGUCAAAGGUCGCCUGGGUGAAAACCUCCACCUGGUACAUCUGGAAAUCAGGAUAACACACACUGGCAGCGGGGUGCCUGAAGAGCUGCUAGCCCAAAUGUUCGGAAGUGAGGAAGAGCAAACGGAUGAGGGAGUUAGCCUGCUCGUGUGUUGGAAACUGCUUAAACUCAUGAAUGGAGAUGUUCACUACCUUCGCGAAGCAGACAAAUCGGCUUUCAUCAUCUCUGCAGAGCUGGCUUCUGCCUCUAAACCCAGGGCCACGAUGAAUAUCUUUUGAUAAGACAUAUGUUUAAGAGCUGUAUGAUCACGGAGCUAUGAUUUUCAAAGAUGCGUCGUUACGUCUAGUUUUGUGUUAUGAGAGUAGUUUUCUGGAGUAGUACAUUUUGAAGAUAUGUUGUUAUGAUCCAGCUUUGUGUCAGGAAGCAAGUAAUUUUCCUCUUCCUGCUUGAUUUAUCACUGGUGCUAUUUGUGAGCUCUCUGUGUUGAUUAA